UGGCGACAAUCAGAGAAAAUCAUACAUAGAUAGCUUUUGGUUCAGUAGGUGAUUGCGUCAUCCUAUACGAGAAGGGGUAUAAAAAUGUAACACAGUGUGAAGUGAAUUCACCUUAUUCUAUUUGCCGUCAUUCGGUCAAAGAGGGGUGUUCAGAAAAUGAAAAAUCUGAAAAAUUUAUUCUUCUUCCUACUGGUGAUAACAAGUCUCCUGUGUUGGUCAUUUGGUAAUCCAAUCCUCUCAGAAGCCGCAUCAACCGAAUCAAGUGAAAAUGAACAAGUUCACUCCAUCAACGAAGAGCUGAAUUCCACUGUAACAGAGGAAAUCAAUCAACAGUCAAGCAACACAAAUGAAGAAGAAGAGGGAAAACAAGAGUCCACACCUUCGGAGUUGACGACUGCAACACCAUCAGAGGUCAGCGAACAUACACAGCAGACUAUCGAGAUAACUGAAGUAUCUCCUGAAGCAUCAAAUGCCGACGUUUCUGAAGAUUCCAAUUCAUCAACGCUUGGUGGGGAAGAAACAAAUGAAGAGAAGAAAGAAGAAGAUUCCACACUUCCGGGAUUGGCGACUACAACACCACCAGAGGUCAAGGAAUUUCCACAGCAGCCUAUCGGACACGAAGCUAUUUCUAAAGUUCACCUCACUGGUGAUGACGAUAAUGCUCUCAUGAAUGAUGCUCCUGUACCACCACACCAACCAAUAAGAAGUCUGAAUCUUAAUGAACAUAAAUACUUCAAUUUAAAACGUGAUGAUGAACAGAUUGACGACAUGGCUCUACGCGAGAUGUUUAUCCUUCUACAAGAUAAAUUAAAAAUGGAGAUACCCUUUUGGAAUACAUACAGCACCAUCAAUGCGCUUGUGAGUACUGAUGGAAGUAUUUACAUCCCUGGAAGUUACUCAAACACAGUUAAACAACAUGUUGCCACUUUGAUGGGACUCGCCAGUCACAUGAUCAUGACCAAUGGCGAUUUUUCUAAUCUAUGGUCAGAUCGAACGCCAAGAAAUUUUUAUUACAACGUAAAAUAUAUUCAAUAUAUUUAUGAUUUGGGUGAAGGCACUUAUAUCCCUGAAUUUAUGGGUCCUUAUAAAGAAAGUUAUAUCUUUAAACUAAACCCGAAGAGUAUUGGUGAAUACGACAACUUGUUGUCUAUAGGUAACUGGACACAGGAAGAAGAAAAUGAUAUGUUUCAGUUUGCCUAUCUAUGCUAUGGAGUUAAAUAUGAUGAAAUACCAUUCUUUAAAAAUACGCAUCAUCAUUUCUGGAAACAGGCUGUAACAUUCUGUCCAGUGGUUAAAUCUAUUCUACAGCUAACUUUCAAUGAGACUGAACGACAAAUUCAUCCACAUAGACUACGACCACUGUAUGCAAAGUCUAGGCCAAAAUAUCCUAAUGUGAUAAACAUGCUCACUUUGAGACCUGGAGACGAUAUCUUUGAAUACAAAGGACAAUCAGAUUUUUCGAUACCUCAGUUUACAACCCAUGUACCUCCAUCUAUCGAUAGUAAAGCUCAGACAAUUAGCCAUAAAAUGUUAAGUAGUCCUGAGGAUAGCAGUCAAAUAAUAGCAGAAGAAACUCCACUUCCCAGUGACAGUGAUGCCGAAUUAACCGAAACCAAUGGAGAAAGUGCAGUUCAAAGGACAGAACUUACAGACGGUGAUUUUUCACAGUUAAAUGAGCCUGAAAAACAGGAUGUGUCUCAAACAGAAGAAUUCUCUGACGAAACAACAGAAAACGCUUCUUUUUCUAUUCAAGAAGAUCAUAGUCCAUCUGUUGUUAAUGAAGCAGCUGAAUUGAUCACUGAUUCUGUCGAGUUGCCGACCAUGCAUGAAGAAGAAACGACAUUUAGUACGAGCAGUGCCAAUGAAGAAGAACGUGAUACGGAGAAUACUGCCGAAGGGAAGGCCUCUGAAGCAGCAAGUGUACCUGAAGAUAACGAAGGGAUCACCUCUCAACACCAUUCAGCUGAAUAAGAUAUUGAGAUCUUCGUCAAUAUUUUCCACUAAUUACUGACUUACAUAUACUUGAUUUAUGGUACUCACAUAAAUAUUAUGUAGUUUCAUUUAUAUUAUCAUAUGACAUUGUGGAUAUAUGUAUCCUUAUCUAUUCUAAUACAAUGCAAUAUUCAGAAACUGGUGUUUUUGUGAUAAAUAUUUACCUUACUAAACGUGUAACAGGUUGCCUCUUGACAAUAAUUUAAU